GUAUGACAUUUGGAAUUUGGGUAGAAAGUUGGAAAAAAUAUAUUUCCAAUAAAAUUUGUUUUGUAAUUGUUAUAUUAUAAAAAAAUACAUGUACCAUACUAUACUGAAGUAAUUAAUAAUUUUGGUUUGUAUAUAAUUCGAAGAAAGUAGCCUUUCUCUGCUGUGUAGAAUAAGAACUAAAUAAUGGAUUCAGAUGGAGAAAGGGAACAACUUCUCAUUGGCCCUUCAAAGCCUAAUGUUAAAUGUGAUAUAGUCAAUGAGUGUCAAAUGUUUCUAAAAGCUGAAGAUGGCGGAGGUGAUGCACAUACUAACAUGAAUCAAAAUAUUGCACCUGAAAAAAGUGGUCGAUCUAAUUUUAUCACUCCUACAUCAUAUGAAACCAAAGAGCCAUUGCCUGAUGAAGCUUUACAGAAACCUACUACAGAAUUGGAAUCUGAUGGAACUGAAAAACCGGUUGAUAUUGUGGCAGAUCUUCAGGCCACUGAUAAUGGUUUGCCCAACACUGUGACAGUGCUGGACGCCCCAGAUGGUGGCAAAGUGUACUUGGUUGGCACUGCUCAUUUUAGCUUAGAAUCUCAAGAGGAUGUAUCUAAGGUGAUACAGCAAGUCUGUCCACAUGUUGUUAUGGUAGAACUAUGUGAACAAAGAACUAAUAUUUUACUAUUGGAUGAGGAAAUUAUAUUGAGGGAGGCCAAAAAUAUAAAUAUUUCGAAAAUAAGGGCAACUAUGGCUCAAAAUGGGGUUUUUAACGGCCUGAUGUACAUUCUGCUGCUCAAUAUGUCUGCACACAUCACUCGGGAGCUGGGCAUGGCGCCCGGAGGAGAGUUUAGGCGAGCCAUGGCUGAGGCAAAGAAGAUCCGUAAUUGUAUCAUACACUUGGGCGACCGUGCGAUAGACAUCACCCUACACAGAGCCAUAGCGUCCCUAUCGUGGGGACAAACGAUACGGUUCAUCUGGCAUUUGCUCACAUCUAAUCAAAAUAUAAGCUUGGAAGAAGUGGAGAAAUGCAAACAGAAGAAGAUGCUCGAAGACAUGCUGGAGGAGAUGGCGGAGGAGUUUCCGGCGCUCAAGCGCGUGUUCGUGGUGGAGCGCGACAUGUAUCUGUGCCACUCGCUGCAGAUCGCCGCGCUGCAAGCACGUAGAGAACCGUGUAGAAUAGUGGGCGUGGUCGGCAUCGGUCAUGUUGCGGGCAUAGUCGAGCACUGGGGUAAAAUUGCACCAGAAGACAUUGUACCACUGCUCAAAGUGCCGCCGCCGUCGCUGUCGACGCGCAUCAUCCGCGUGUCGGUGCGCGCGGCGUGCGCGGGCGCGCUGCUGUUCGCCGUGUACAAGCUCACGCCGCGCCGCUGGCUGCCCUGAUGACUGCCGCCCGCCUCGUCGCCACAUAAUUGAAGGACUGGUUACGCUCACGGUACGGUAACAAAGACUUUGUUCAUCUCAAGAUAUAAAUUAAAACAACUGAUAAGUUUAUAUUUUUUUAUAUUAUUAGAUAGGCGUCGAGAUAUAGAAUAAAAUUAAGUAUUGUUAUCCCAGAAGCAUAAACCGAGAAAAUAAGGGCCAGUGUACACCUUGCAUGUGUCAACGACGUGUCUCGUGUAGAGAGAAAGAUAUAUUGUCUUACAAUAAUUUUAGUAUUGCUUUCUCUUUCACUGCAAUGGGAUUAAAAAGAGAGAGAUAUGUUCAAUUUCGACGUCUUAUUUAACGCAUGCUAAGCGUACCUAGAAGACGUAUUAACUGCGCAAGGUGCAUUGUUGUUACUGUCUGUUGUUGACACAUUUGUAGUGCUAACAUGGGACCAACGACAUUUUCUCGUUAUCCCCUUAUCAUUAAAAUUUAAAAAAUACAAGGAUUUUAUUAAAAUCUAAAUAAGUGAAAUAAAAUGAAAUAAAUAAAAUUAAAACUCAAGUUUCCGAGUUAUAACAAGAUGGCGUCCUUAAAGCAACUACGACAUGACGAUUGACAGCAAACGUCAAAUCGACUACUGCAUUGAAAACGUCAUCAAUCCGCCAUCAUUAUCCAUAUUAGUGUUGCACUUCUUGGGAGAGAAUGAUUAUUGUUUCGAAAGAAUUAAAAUGAAUUCGUAAAUUUCUAUAAUCAAAAAUAGACAAAAAAAAUAUUUUCUUUUAUUUCCGCCAGGCUGCAAUGACUGAUCCUGGGCUCCAUACAAAUUUGGGCCAUCUCCUUUCAAUCUAGGGAUACUUUUACCCUUUUAUUGCGUUGGAACGAAUGGGAUGGGAUUGGCACAACUUCGCCGCGAUUGGACGAAAUAUUGUGUAUUUAUCUGCACUUGGUCGCAUGCUAGGCCCUCUGGCGUUGCAAUAACAGAAAAUAAUUAACACCUUUGCUCUCGUCGCCUCAAGUCCUUGGGCCUAAGAAGAUUAUAUUUAUUCAUGACCAUUCAGCUCAAACUUUGUGUAUGUUGUAUUUAGAGCCAUAAACCAUGGUACCGAAUUGAAAUUUCGUUUAACUUAUGUUUCUUAUUGAAACUUCAUUAAGAUUCUUAAUAGGCUAGUCGUUUUUUUUUUUAAAUGAUCCUAAAUAGUUCAUUAUCGUUCUACUAGAUUGAGAAAACUUUUUUUUUUUUAGAUGUGAUUACUUAAAAAAUUUAGUUUUAAAUAUGUUUUUGACGCGUGUCGGCCAUGAUGUUCUAUAUUUCAACUGUUUCAUGACGUCACUAUAACAAAUGCCUUGCAAACGGAGCGUUUGACAAAAAUAUUGGUUAACAAUUUGUUUGACGCUUAUUACAUCAAGUGACAUUGUGACGUCACCAAAUGGACGACAGCGUUGUCUACGUUUGGAAAUUUAAUAAUAAAAAUUUUAAUAAAAAAAAUACAACCGACUUCAAAACCUAAAAACGUUCCCACUAAACUAAAAAGUGAAAAAUAACAUCAUAAUAUGUUCUACCUGCUGAUCAGUAUGAAGGCGGUGCUAAGCCGGUGAUGUAUUAAUUCAAGCCAUGUGAGAAUAUCUUAUAGAUUUAGAUUUUGCAGACAGUGUUGUUUCAUGUCGUCCUGUCAGAAAUGGCUUAAAUUAAGACAACACCGGCUAAGCACCGCCUUCAUACUGAUCAGCAGGUAGAACAUAUUAUGAUGUUAUUUUUCACUUUUUAGUUUAGUGGGAACGUUUUUAGGUUUUGAAGUCGGUUGUAUUUUUUUUAUUAAAAUUUUUAUUAUUUUUCCAUUUUUAGUGUAAAAUUUCAUCUCAAAUGAAUACAUCAGGCCCCUAAUGACAGUCACAACCCAUCUAGGUACAAAAUUCUCAGCAAUACAAAUUAAUCAAGUCCAAGCACAAGGUAGCUACCGUAAACCGUCAAGGGGUUCCCUUCAUUGACCUUGGUCUUCAUCAUCAGACCCCUAAUAACAGACACAACUCAUCUAGGUAGAAAGUUCUCAGCAAUACGAAUUAAUCAAGGCCAAACACAAGGUAGUUGCUGUAAAUUGUUAAGGAGUUCCCUUAAUUGUCCUUGGUCUUCAUCACCAAACCCCUAAAUGACAGUCACAACCUAUCUAUGUGGAAAGUUCUCAUUAAUACAAAUUAAUCAAGCCCAAACACAAGGUAACUGCUGUAAAUCGCCGAUGAGUUCCCUCAUCUAUUUUAUGACUCCAUCAUCAGAUCGAUUUUAAACCUUCAUGAAAUUGUAGUGCUUAAAAGUACUAAAUGGAAAAGUACACGAACACACUAGACACCCAUAUAAUUUUUGAAAGUUCCCCUCAAUUUCUCCAGGAUCCCAUCAUCAGAUCUUGACAUGAUGGCAAUGGGACCAAAUGGGGACUAUACCGUUUCAAACAAAAAAAAAAUUUUUGAAAUCGGUCCAGGCGUCUUAGAGUAAUCGGUGUACAUACAUAAAAAAAAAAAAAAAAAAAAAAAAAAAAUACCGACCGAAUUGAGAACCUCCUCCUUUUUGAAGUCGGUUAAAAAAUACAUGAUUUUUAAAUUAAGUUUCAAAGUAAAUGCUUAGCUUUUAUUAAUUAAUAUCGAUAUAUUUCGGACACUUAUUAUGUACUAUAUGAAAAUAAUAUUGUUUAUAUUACAUUUGAUAUUGAGUCAACUAUUAUUAGUGCUCUAUUCAUCGUGUACUCUUUAUUGUGGUGAGACCAAAAUGUACGAGUUGGUAUGAAAACAAUUUAUCAAAAUCUAAAGAGAACACUACUUUCUAUUAAGGUUAAGACUAAUAUUGUUAUGUUGUUCUAGUUUCGAAAGUGCUACUAUAAGUUAUUUAAACACAUUUCGUUUUCAUUUACAUGUUUUUCUUUUUAACCGACUUCCAAAAAGGAGGAGGUUCUACGUUCGGCUGUAUGUAUGUUUUUUUUUUUUUUUUUUUUUUUUUUUUUUUUUUUUUUUUUUUUUUUUUUUUUAUGUAUGUCCAGCGAUAAUUCCGUCAAUUAUGGACCGAUUUUGAAAAUUCUUUUUUUGUUUUGAAGGGUUUACUUCCAGGGUGGUCCCAUUUUUUUCAUGUCAGGAUCUGAUGAUGACAUCCUGGAGAAAUUGAGGGGAACUUUCGAAAGUUGUAGAGACGGCUAGUGCGUUUGUUAAUGUUUCCUUAAGGUAUUUUAAACCACUAUAACUUUAUGAAUUUUUGGAGUUGGUCUGAUGAUGGAGCCGAAACACAGACGAUGGAACUCGUCAAGGAUUUACAGCAGUCACCUUUUGUUUGGGCUUGAUUAAUUUGUAUUGAUGAGUACUUUCCACCUAUAUGGGUUGUGACUGUAUUAAGGGUCUGGUGAUGAAGACGAGGGACAGUGAAGAGAACUCCUCGACGGUUCACAGUAGCUACCUUGUGUUUGGACUUCAUAAAUUUGUAUUGAUGAGAACUUUUCACCUAGAUGGAUUGUGACUGUAUUAAGGGUCUGAUGAUGAAGACGAGGGACAGUGAAGAGAACUCCUCGACGGUUCACAGUAGCUACCUUGUGUUUGGACUUGACAAAUUUGUAUUGAUGAGAACUUUCCACCAAGAUAAAUUGUGACUGUAUUAAGGGUCUGGUGAUGAAGACGAAGCACAGUGAAGAGAGCUCCUCGACGGCUCACAGUAGCUACCUCGUGUUUGGACUUGAUAAUUUUGUAUUGAUAAGAACUUUCCACUUAGAUAGGUUGUGACUGUACACACGCAGUAGGUAUGCUAACACUAAAAAUAAAGAAAUAAAAAUUUUAAUAAAAAAAAUUCAACCGACUUCCAACUCAAAACAUAACUUUAACUAAAAAGCAAAAAAUAACAUCCUACCUAUGUGCUACCUUCUGAUCAGUUUGAAGGCGGUGCCAAGCCAGUGUCGUGUUUUAAUUAAAGCUGUUUCUGAAAGAACCACAGAAAUUUUGUAGUUUAAACGUGUUUAAUUAAAACAUCACUGGCUUGGCACCACCUUCAAACUGAUCAGAAGGUAGCACAUAGGUAGGAUGUUAUUUUUUGCUUUUUAGUUAAAGUUAUGUUUUGAGUUGGAAGUCGGUUGAAUUUUUUUUAUUAAAAUUUUUUAAUUAAACUAAACUACAUUUUUUAUCUGCUUCUGUUUAACUUGUUAGAAGUGUUAAAUAAUCUUUAUUGUAUCUGUAUCUAAUCUGUGUAAAAGAAAUUAUUUUGUUUUGUUUUUUUGUCGACAGUUAAGAUCUAUGUAUGAAUAAGGACUGUGAUAGUUUUAAAUUGGUAAAUUUUCCAUCCAAUUAGGCAAUUAACAUUAUAUUUUAGGAGUCUAAAUUGUUGUGAAGUUUAUUUAACCAUGUUUAUUUUGAACUAUUUUUAACAUUAUACAUUACUUUGCUCUAACGUUAUAAUUAAAUAUAAUAUUAUAUUCGCGAAUUUAUAGUUAUAGGUUGACUAGUACCUAGACAUAAUAACUUACAAUAAAUUAAUGGUUCUCAUAACAAUAUUAAAUUGGAAACCCCAGUUUACUAUAUCAAUGACGAAUUAAUUUAUUAAAACAUAAUAAAAUAAUGUUAUCAUAUUGUAGUAAAAAUUUAUUAUUAUAUGUUUUUGGGAAACAUUUUAACCCGGAGUAGCUAGAAACGAAUUUUAUAGCGCAAUAGCUAUCUUAACGAGUAGAAAAUAUAAUAAGAUAUAAUAUAUUAAGUUUACGAAAUAUUGUUUGAAUAAUAUUGUGUGAAAAGAAAACUGGAUGUUAAACUUAGUACAUAAUAAAUUAUCUAUAUAAUAACAA